AAUUACGUCACAAACAGCACUGGAGAAUCGGUUACAUUUGUGGUACAAUAAAACCGAACAAAAUGUGAUAAAAUAUUUAAAUAUGUAACCAUAUUAAAAUAUAAUAUAAACCGUACAUAUAAAAUAUUAUUAACAAUACUGAUAUUACAUUAGGCACGUGUAUAUUCUGUCAUAAAAAGUAGUAUUGUCAUCUGAAAGCAAUUAUUGCAUUGCAAAAAAACGCACGCAGAAAAAAAACACGACCCCCACAUGAAAGCAGCAGUUACGUUUGCAAUUUCUGUCUCACAUUUUUGUUGCUUAACAGAGUUAUUCAGUCGUCCGAGUAAGAGGCUCGUGAUGAGGUCAGCGCUAGCUGCCUCCCUGUGUCAAUCAAGCAAUGGCGUCAUGUAUCCCCAGCGCUUCCGGUGCGGGUGGGCGGGGCUCCGCUAUCCCGGUCUGGAUUCUUCACUCGGGAGCGCGAGACGGGCUCAACGCGAAUGCAGCCAUAUUCGGCUUCACCGAGGAGCACACCGGCAGCGCAGGCUCGCACGCGAGGGUUCGCCUACUUCGAGAAAGCGCCCAGACCCGGUUGCGCGGAGGGCGCGUUUGUGUAGGUUGAAGGCGCGCGCGGUCCUUCAUUAGGGAGUUUAUAAUUGAAGAUUUCCCGUUCGGCGGAAUGAGCGUCCAGUCAUCCUGAGGCUCGACGGGAGAAAAAGCCCGACACAUCCCGCAAAGUGGAAAGUACAGAUUUGUCCGGAUUAAGGCAAAUGGAGCCGACGGGGCCUCGGGAGUGAGGAGGGGGUGGAGGCGCUGGAAACCAGCGGACAACAACGGGGUUAAGGCGCGUUAGGUCUUCGUUUAUCGGAGCACAAUGUUGGGCACAUUUUGCUAGCUGGCUAGCUGGAUGGCUGGCUAGCAGUUGGAGUCUGGGACUUCCGAGCUCCGCACGUUUCAGCCAGAUCGGUCUCGUUCGUGUGUGCUUAUAACGCUAAUCCCCGCGGUGCGAAAUUCGACAAGAGUCGCUCGAUCCUGUCUGGCUCCGGGAGUGGUAGCCAGGCCGCUCAGUUGGUAGAAAAUGUCCGCGAAGGUGCGUCUGAAGAAGUUGGAGCAGUUGCUGCUGGAUGGCCACCAGAAAAACGACAAGUCAUUGAGCGUGGAGACGCUGCUGGAUAUUCUCAUAUGUUUGUACAACGAGUGCAGCAACUCGCCCUUAAAACGGGAAAAACACGUGACGGACUUUUUGGAAUGGGUGAAACCAUUCACAACCACCGUGAAGGAGAUGCGCCUUCACAGAGACGACUUCGAGAUGCUCAAAGUGAUCGGCAGGGGAGCCUUCGGAGAGGUUGCUGUGGUGAAGAUGAAACACACGGAGCGUGUUUACGCCAUGAAGAUCCUCAACAAGUGGGAGAUGCUCAAGAGAGCCGAGACGGCGUGUUUCCGGGAAGAGAGGAACGUCCUGGUGAAUGGAGACUGCCAGUGGAUCACCACCCUGCAUUACGCUUUCCAGGAUGACAACUAUCUGUACUUGGUGAUGGAUUAUUACGUGGGAGGCGACCUGCUGACUUUGCUUAGUAAAUUUGAGGACCGACUCCCGGAGGACAUGGCCAAGUUCUAUGUGGCAGAGAUGGUGCUCGCUAUCCACUCCAUCCAUCAGCAGCGCUACGUACACAGGGACAUAAAACCAGACAACGUGUUACUGGACAUGAACGGUCACAUCCGUCUCGCUGACUUCGGCUCCUGUCUGAAGAUGAUGCAAGAUGGCACGGUCCAGUCAUCAGUGGCUGUGGGCACCCCAGAUUACAUCUCCCCUGAGAUCCUGCAGGCCAUGGAGGACGGCAUGGGGAAAUAUGGGCCGGAGUGUGACUGGUGGUCUCUAGGCGUUUGUAUGUACGAGAUGCUGUACGGCGAGACGCCCUUCUACGCUGAAUCUCUGGUGGAGACCUACGGGAAGAUCAUGAACCACGAGGAGCGUUUCCAGUUCCCCUCUCACAUCACGGAUGUGUCAGAGGAGGCUAAAGACCUGAUCCAGCGGCUGAUCUGCAGUAGAGAGCGUCGGUUGGGUCAGCACGGUAUCGAGGAGUUCAAGAAGCACCCUUUCUUCUCCGGCAUCGUCUGGGAGAACAUUCGCAACACAGAGGCUCCGUACAUCCCUGACGUCAGCUCUCCCUCAGACACCUCCAACUUCGACGUAGACGAUGAUGUGCUGAAAAACCCGGACAUCGCUCCCCCGGUAUCUCACACAGGUUUCACCGGGCAGCACUUGCCAUUCGUGGGCUUUACCUACACCACAGAAAGCUGUUUCUCAGACCGCGGAAGCGUGAGGAGAGUGGCGCUGACGGAUGGAGGUGCCGGGGAGGAUCUCCAGGAUGGAGGUCUGCAGGUGGAAGCCUUCGAGAAGAGGAUUCGCUGUCUGGAGCAAGAGAAACAGGAGCUCAACCGCAAGCUGCAGGAAUCCACUCAGGCUGUUCAGUCCCUCCAUGGCUCUGGGCGCGGGGCCGGCACACUUGGUCGUGAUAAAGAGAUUAAAAAACUCAAUGAGGAAAUUGAUCGGCUCAAAAAGAAACUGGCAGACUCUGAUAGGCUGGAGCACCAGCUCGAGGAGGCAGUGACUCUGAGACAGGACUUUGAAAGUUCCUCCACCAAACUGAAGGCCCUGGACAAACAAGUCAAAGCUCUCAAGCAGGAGAAGGAAGAUAUCCAUAAGCAACUGGUGGAGUCUCUGGAUCGCCUGAAGUCUCAGACUAAGGAGCUGAAGGACGCCCACCAGCAGAGGAAGCUGGCCAUGCAGGAGUUCUCCGAGCUGAACGAGCGCAUGGCCGAGCUGCGCUCGCAGAAGCAGCGCCUGUCGAGGCAGCUGCGUGACAAGGAGGAGGAGAUGGAGGUGGUGAUGCAGAAGAUCGACGCCAUGCGCCAGGACAUCCGCAAAACCGAGAAGGCCCGCAAAGAGCUGGAGUCUCAGCUGGAGGAUGCGUGUGCCGAAGCCUCUAAGGAGCGUAAGCUCAGAGAGCACAGUGAAGUCUAUUCUAAACAACUGGAGAGCGAGCUGGAGACGCUCAAGGUCAAGCAGGGAACAGGUCGUGCCUCAGGUCCCAGUUCAGAGACUCAGCAGGAGCUCACCAAGCUGAAGUCAGAGCUGGAUAAGAAGGUGCUGUUCUAUGAGGAGGAGCUGGUGAGACAUGAUGCCAGCCACACUUCAGAGCUGAAGAACCUGAGGAAGGAGCUCCAUGACUCUGAGGGUCAACAGCUGGCACUGCAUAAAGAGCUGCUGGUGCUCAAAGACAAACUGGAAAAGACCAAAAGAGAGCGGCGAGCAGAGAUGGACGAGGCCAUGGGUACUCUGAAGGAGAAGUUUGAACGUGAACGCAACCUUCUGAGUGAAGAAAACCGUAAACUCACUGUAGAAACAGACAGGCUCUGCAAUUUUGUGGACAAGCUGACGGCUCAGAACAGGCAACUGGAGGACGAGCUCCAGGAUCUGGCAUCGAAGAAAGAGAGUGUAGCCCACUGGGAAGCACAGAUUGCUGAGAUCAUCCAAUGGGUGAGCGAUGAGAAAGAUGCACGUGGCUACCUUCAGGCUCUGGCUUCCAAGAUGACAGAAGAGUUGGAGUCUCUGCGUAGCUCAAGCCUGGGAUCCAGAACACUGGAUCCUUUGUGGAAAGUGCGCCGCAGUCAAAAGUUGGACAUGUCUGCCCGUCUGGAGCUGCAGUCGGCCUUGGAGGCUGAAAUCCGUGCCAAGCAACUGGUUCAGGAUGAGCUGCGCAAGGUCAAAGCUGCCAACAUCUCUUUCGAGAGCAAACUUAAGGACACAGAAGCCAAGAACAAAGAUUUGGAGGAACAGCUGGAGAAUAUGAAGAAGGAAAUGGAGAACCGCUCACGAUCAGACAAAGGCCUGAAACAGCCUGACUUCCAGGAAUCCAUCUUUGAGUACUUCAAUACCUCUCCCCUCGCCCAUGACCUGACAUUCAGAGACUCUGUCUCCUCCUCAUCCGCAUCUUCUCUGCUUGCAUUUUGGGAUGAAACAAGCUUCGUCGGUGAUGUGGACGCCACACCCCAGAAGACAGACCUCCCUACUUCCUCCCCAUCAGUGGCUUCAGAACAGGAUGAACCAGUCAAGCCUCAAGCAACCACCCCUGCUGCCCCUUCUCCGAUCUAUCAGCCCACGCUCAUUGCACCAAAGCCUAAAGCUCAUCAGCUGAGCAUUAAGACUUUCUCCAGCCCGACCCAGUGCACUCACUGUACCUCCCUGAUGGUGGGCCAGAUCCGACAGGGUUACGCCUGCGAGGUAUGCUCUUUCAUCUGCCACGUGUCCUGUAAAGACAACGCGCCCCAGGUUUGCCCCAUUCCUCCGGAGCAGGCCAAGAGGCCUCUGGGUAUUGAUGUGCAGAGGGGCAUUGGCACAGCGUACAAAGGUUUUGUCAGGAUCCCGAAGCCCACAGGAGUGAAGAAGGGCUGGCAGAGGGCAUAUGCUGUAGUGUGUGACUGUAAACUCUUCCUCUAUGAGGUGCCAGAAGGGAAGUCCACUCAGCCUGGGGUGAUGGCCAGUCAGGUCCUCGACUUGAGAGAUGAAGAGUUCUCCGUAAGCUCUGUGUUGGCAUCUGAUGUGAUCCAUGCCAAUCGUAAAGACGUCCCCUGCAUAUUUAGGGUAACAUCAUCAGCUUCAAAUUCUCCGGUCCGGCCGGUGCCUCUGCUGGUGUUAGCCGAGAGUGAGGCGGAGAAGAGGAAGUGGGUGGGCAUCCUAGAGGGCCUGCAGAACAUCCUGGCCAAGAACCGCCUGAAGAACCGUGUGGUGCAUGCCCUGCAUGAGGCCUACGACAGCAGCCUGCCUGCCAUCAAAACUACACUCUCUGCUGCCAUCGUUGAUCGAGAACGGAUUGCUUUGGGGACGGAAGAUGGCCUGUUUGUAGUCGAGAUCACCAGAGAUGUCAUUGUUCGUGCUGCUGACUGUAAAAAAGUUUGCCAGAUUGAGCUCAUGCCCAAAGAGAAGUUGGUAGCCCUGCUUUCUGGCCGCAACCGCCAUGUCCAUUUAUACCCCUGGGCGGCACUGGAGGGUGCGGAUGUUAAUUUUGAUGCCAAGUUGACUGAUACAAGAGGCUGCCAGGCUAUGACCAUAGGUACCCUACGCCCUGGUGGCCCAGCUUGUCUCCUAGCAGGUGUGAAGCGGCAGGUCAUCUGCUACGAAAUCACUCGUGUAAAGCCCCAUCACCGUAAAUUGUGGGAGGUGCAGGCGCCUGGUAUCGCCCAGUGGCUGGGUAUUAUUCGUGAUCGGCUGUGCGUGGGUUACCCGUCGGGCUUCGCUCUGCUGGCCAUGCAGGGAGAGUCCUCACCGGUGAGUCUGGUGAGCCCCGGAGAUCCCUCACUAGCCUUUUUGGCCCAGCAAUCCCUGGAUGCGCUGCACGCUAUGGAGGUGGGGGCCAAUGAACUGCUGCUGUGCUUCAGUCAGCUGGGAGUGUAUGUGGACGCGACGGGACGGCGCUCUCGAACGCAGGAGCUGAUGUGGCCCGCCACACCACUUGCCUGCAGCUCAAACUCGAACUACCUUACGGUGUACAGCGAUUACGGAGUAGAUGUGUUUGACGUUCACACCACAGAAUGGGUCCAGACCAUCUCAUUAAGAGGAAUUCGGCCCCUGAAUGUGGAGGGCAGUCUGAACCUGUUCGGCUCCGAGCAGCCCCGUCUCAUCUACUUCAACAGCAACUCCUCAGAUGGUUGUGACCUGGCCAUCCCCGAGACCUCAGACAACAGCAAGAAGCUGAUGGUGAGGACUCGCAGCAAGAGGAAGUUCCUUUUUAAAAUACCAGACGAGGAGCGGCUGCAGCAGAGGAGGGAGAUGCUGAGGGAUCCUGAAAUAAGAUCCAGGCUGAUCUCCAACCCCACCAACUUCAACCACGUGGCUCACAUGGGCCCAGGCGACGGCAUGCAGGUCCUCAUGGAUCUUCCUCUGCAGCAGAGCGAGACUCCCUUCCCCUCAUCCUCUCGCCACCAUGCCCUGAUCUCCCCUCCGACCAACUUUGAGCACGUCUAUCACAUGAGUCCCGUCUCUGCCGGGCUCUAUCUGCAGAAAGAGCCUUCUUCCCAGCAGAGCCUACUUCAGUUCUCCUCUUCCUCCUCCUCUCCUUCCACAUCCUCCCUGGGAAGGAGUGUGAUGCCCUCUUCUCAGGACGACCUAUCUAAAGACAAGCCUCGGCCUCUGUCCAGCAUCUCACGGCAACAGAGGAGUAAGACCCACAUCACCCGCACUGCCUCAGGAGGAGGAGAUUUUGGAGGAGCAGGGUCGUCUCGCAGUAUUUCUGAUCAAGAUCAAGACUUUGAGAGAGAGCCCGACUCUGACUCGACCAAACAUUCCACCCCCUCCAACAGCUCGAACCCCAGCAGCCCCCCGAGCCCUAACUCUCCCCACCGCAGCCAGCUCACUCUGAACAGCCUGGAUCAAUCCCUGGACGGCUGAAAACGGACAGCUCCCCGUUCUUUCACCCUCGCGCGCACCCUAGACACGCCCUCCCAUAUCCAUCCGCUCUGCUAGGACUCACUAAGAAGUGCCAAGACUCUCACAAAAAGUCACCCGCUCAUCCACCGCAAGGGCCAGAGGUCUACCCCCGAUCCUGCUGCUGGGUAGACCUCUCAAGAGCAGCGCUGGGUGUGUGCUGACAGGCUCCGGCGAAGCCACCAAACAGGACAAAAAGAAACUGCCCCCUGGUGGAAUUGUCAUGGUAUUACACUAACUGGGUCAGAUUAGCAGUAUGGCGGGACUUUUAUUUUGUUUUAAAUCUGCAUAUCAUGCCAUGCUCCUGCAAGUGUUUUUUUUUUUUUUUUUAAUUAUUAUUAUUUACGUUAGUAAACAAACAUGCAUUACAUCUGCUGUGUCAGAAUUGCUUCUGGAUCUUAGCUUCCCUUCAGAGUACCGAAUUGACGGGAAAAGAGACUUCAUAUGCUGUUUUUAAAUGUAUAUUAUCAGGAAAACUCAUCAAGAGGGGGGGGAGAGAGGAGCUUAUCGGGAAGAAAAGAAACCGAGGACGAUACAGAACUUGGACCAGUAACACGAUUCGUCACGGACCGGUGAAAACAUCUCAUUUGAGCAAUAGAUCGGUGGCGAGAGACUUCGGGGGCCAAACCAGAGGGCACUUUUAUUGUUAUGUAAUUUCUCUUUCUCUCUCAAAGUUCUGCAUUUAAACCAGCCUUUAUAAUAUUCAUGUUUUAACUUAGAUGUUUCCCACAAAGAUAUCUAGUUCAGCUUAUCACAAAAAAGCCAGAAAAAAAGAAGACUUUACUUAUAGAUAAGUGUUUUAAUACAAAUACAAAGGAGAACGGCACAAAGCUAUUCGUAGGAUUUCAGUAGUUCCUCUUAAGCUGCUACUGCUGCUUUGUGUGCUCUAUUUAAAAAUAAAAGUUACAAAAAGUAUAUAUGUGAUAAGGUUAUCUCACCGUAGCCAUGCUCGGAUUCUGGUUUCUGAUGUUUGACACAAAUGCGAGCAGCCAUGUGGGACCGUCACUGUUAAAAAGCCUCCUAUCAGGACACUGGUAUGAGUUUGUUUGGUGGCGUGCUUAAGAUCCGCAGGCAUGGCCGGCAUAUCCAUUAUCAUUCGAGUGUGCCUUCAGUGCCAACUUUCCUUCCCUAAUAAACUGUCCGCUAAAGCAUUUCAGUGGUUUUGACAAGGCUGACGGUAAUGUAUUGUUUCCCCCUUCACCCCUCUGAAACACUGUAAGACACUUGCACACGUUUUUCUUUUCUUUUUUUUUAGUCUAAGGAAAUGAUUUUGCGUGAACGGUUUUUCCUGAACCUCCUUUUUCUCCCCCAUACUUCACUCGUCCGCUUCAUCAGAUGGAAGUUAAUCCUCGGAACACUACUGCUUUUACUUUAAAAGAAGAAAAAAAAGAAUCACAGGUUGAAAUCUUUGUAAUUAUUGACUUGUUAGCCACAUAAAUUUGAACAAACAAUAAAAGAGUACCUGUUGUG